AUUGUAGCCGAGUGUCAACCCAAACCAUUGACCCCGCAAGCUAGCCUGCUGAUCGAGGGAGGGGAGCGAUGGGUCUCGGCGGCGACCACGACGCGGCGGUGGUAAGCACCCUUCGGGAGGCUGCGGUCAUGGUGUGGGAGGAGUCCAGGCGCCUCUGGGGCAUCGGCACGCCCAUCGUCGUGGCCACGGUCAGCAUGUACGUCCUCGGCUCCGUCACCACCAUCUUCGUCGGCCACCUCGGCAACCUGCCCCUCGCGGCCGCCUCCAUCGGGCUCUCCGUCUUCUUCACCUGCUCCUUCGGAUUCUUGCUUGGCAUGGGUAGCGCUCUGGAGACGCUGUGCGGGCAGGCGUUCGGCGCCGGCCAGGUGGCCAUGCUCGGCGUCUACCUGCAGCGCUCGUGGAUCGUCCUCAUCGUCGCCGCGUUCCUCAUGGUGCCCUUCUACGUCUUGGCCGAGCCGCUCCUCCUCGCAAUCGGCCAGGACCCCGUCGUGGCGCGCGAGGCGGCACGCUUCGCGCUCUACAUGCUCCCCGGCGCAUUCUCCUUGGCCGUCAACUUCCCCACCGCCAAGUUCCUCCAGGCGCAGAGCAAGGUCCUCGUGCUCGCCUGGAUCGGCGUCACGGGCCUCUGCUUCCACGUCGCGCUCACCUACCUUCUCGUCACCGUCCUAGGGUGGGGCUUCCGGGGCGCCGCCGCCGCCUACGACCUCACGCUCUGGGCCAUCGCGCUGGGCCAGGCGGCCUAUAUCAUCGGCUGGUGCAAGGACGGCUGGAGGGGCUGGUCCAUGGCGGCGUUCAGCGACAUGUGGGCGUUUGUCAAGCUCUCGCUCGAGUCCGCCGUCAUGCUCUGCCUUGAGGUUUGGUACCUCGGUAUGAUCACCGUCCUCACCGGCCACCUCCAGGAUGCUCAGAUUGCCGUGGACUCGCUUGGCAUCUGCAUGAAUAUAAACGGGUGGGAGUUUAUGACCUUCAUUGGCCUAAAUGCUGCUAUCAGUGUUCGAGUCUCCAAUGAGCUGGGCUCUAACCGUCCAAGGGCAGCUAUGUAUGCUGUCAUCGUUGUCGUCGUCGAGUCAUUGCUCAUUGGGAUACUAUGCAUGGCCCUCGUGUUGAUGUUCAGAAAUAACUUCUCCAUCAUCUUCACUAGCGAUUUGGAGCUCCAGCACGCCGUCUCCAAGAUUGCCGGACUGCUUGGUUUGACCAUGGUGAUCAACAGUGUGCAGCCGAUUCUUUCAGGGGUUGCUAUUGGGGGAGGAUGGCAAGGCCUUGUUGCAUACAUCAACCUAGGCUGCUUCUAUAUUUUUGGAUUGCCCUUGGGCUAUCUUCUCGGCUACAAGUUAAACUAUGGAGUUGGGGGCAUUUGGGCUGGCAUGCUUUGCGGGAUUGCACUUCAGACAAUGAUCUUACUCUUCAUAGUGUGGAGAGCAGAUUGGAACGCAGAGGCCGCCCUAGCUUCAAGUCGUGUGCAAAAGUGGGCCGGCACAGAUGGAACAAGACCUCUCUUGGAAGAUAAUUAGAUCACCUAAGCAUUUUUUUUCUUGUUAAUUAGCUCUACUUUGUGACGCCCCGAGACACAUGCUUUAGAUGCCUUCCAUUUAUUUCAUUGUCGCCAUGUAUUUCAUUUGUUUGUUGCAUUCAUCAUGGCAUCAUGCGCUUUCAUCAGCCCUCGUGUCGUCAUACUUUUCAAAACAUGCAUCCGUUCGUUGCCGGGUCUCCCCGUCCCUUUCGUUGGCCGUUCUGGGUCCAGACACACUCGCACGCUGCCGCGGG